UUAACUCACUUUGUCACAGAGUUAACUCACUUUGUCACAGAGUUAACUCACUUUGUCACAGAGUUAACUCACUUUGUCACCGAGUUAACUCACUUUGUCACAGAGUUAACUCACUUUGUCACCGAGUUAACCCACUUUGUCACCGAGUUAACUCACUUUGUCACAGAGUUAACUCACUUUGUCACCGAGUUAACUCACUUUGUCACCGAGUUAACUCACUUU